AUGUGUCUGAAAUAUGCUGGCAGAACGUACGAUUCCGGUGACGAGGCAGAAGACGACUUCUCCGAAGAAUUUGAAACAGCAAUCGAACGGCUCGUGGGCUGUGGGAAUGUGCAGACUGCCACUCUGCGGUUCGAUAAAAAUUGCGGUUCAGGCCGACAGCACUGGCUGCAGGACCAUCCACAGACUAUCUUCUACCGCAGUCAGGCCCUUGAGACUUUCUUCUCAUGGCUGGAAGCACUGGAGGUGGCCCCGCGCGCGUUGGGGAUUCAUAACCUGCAAGACCUCAAUUCCGCCCAGCCAAUGCUGUUGGAGAAAAUCGCAAAAGUCCUGUAG